CAGAGCUCCGUUCCUACUUUGGUCCAGAGAUGACGGGAAUGGAGCGGACGAGCAGCACGAGGAGGACGGCCAUGGUGCGGCAACACAAGGCUGAGGUCAUGAUUGCAGGAGAACAACUCAGGUUGAGACUUCAUGAUGGGAAACUGAUUAAGGACCGUCGCUACCACUUGAGGACGUAUCCCAACUGCUUCGUGUCGCAGGAGCUCAUCGACUGGCUCGUCAGCCACAAGGAGGCUUCGGAUCGAGCCACGGCCGUCCGUCUGGUGCAGCACCUCAUGGACCAUGACAUCGUUCACCACGUGUGUGAUAAGAGACCCGUGAUCAAGGAUGCCAAGCUGCUGUACCGUUUCCGGAAGGAUGACGGGACCUUCCCCUUCAACACGGAGGUGAAGGUCUUCAUGCGAGGACAACGGCUGUAUGAGCACCUGGUAGCAGAUAAACACUCCAUCCUGCAGCUGAGGGAGGAGCACGGCCUCUCGUACCCGCGCUCCUUUCCCGGCUACCAGCUGAUCGACUGGCUGCUCCAGAACGGAGAGGCGGAGAGCCGGCGCCAGGGCCUGGACUCCUGCCGAGCGCUGGUGGAGCACGGCAUCAUCCAGCACGUGGAAAAGAAGCACGACUUCUUCGACAGUGGACUGCUUUACCACUUCUGCAUCAACUUCCGGCGCCGGCGGCGCCUAUCCGAACUGUUAAAUGAGAGCAGGCAAGACGGCGAGGACGGCGGGCCCCCGCCCCCCCACGUGGACCACAGCCCCGACAGUCCCUUCGUCCUACGCAGAAGCUCAGUCCUGGAGCACAGCCGAGCCUUCCAGCCCGUGGGCUCCAGUAAGGACCUGGAACCGGGGGCCAGCGUUCGUCGGGGAAGUCUGAACUCUAUUCAGCUUCACUCUUCAGCACUCCCACCUCACGUUCAACUCCCUUCAAGCUCCAUAGCGAGGUGCAAUCCUACAUCAGUCCUCAAAAGACCCGUGACGUGUGAGCAGUUGUUGUCACCUGGUGCGCCUUUCAUCAAGAAAGUGUUAACGGUGAUAGGUGAUGUUCUGGGCUGGGGCAUCGUGGUCAGAGGCGUGGCCCCCUGUUACGUACAGGCCGUGGACCCUGGAAGCCCUGCAGCAGCCGCUGGAGUCAGGGUGAGGCAGUUUGUGUGCCAGGUGAACGGACAGUGUGUCCUCCACCUGGAUUACAGGACAGUCACCCGACUGGUGAUGACGGGGCCCCGCGUCGUCGUUCUGGAAGUUAUGGAAUCGCUGGACUGAAAGCAACCACUUGAAUAAAGUCUGUUUGGUGUUUCAAUGUCUAUUUUCUGCAACGUAAAUUACAAUACACUUCCCUGACUAUGAGAUCUGAUGCAUUUACUGGAUGUUGGAAACUAUUCAUUAGACUUGUAAAGCUGUUAACGGCAAGAAAAGCUGACUGCAAAAGGUUUCCAUCAGUGCGUUUUCGUGCAACUGAAUUUGAGAAAACUUUAACUUGAAUAAAAGAAAACGUUUGU